AUGUCUUCCGCAGAUGAUUAUCCCCUCGCACCAGAGAACAUCGCUCCGGGCUCUAACCCCCCCGACAUCGAAAUGGGCGACCCCAAUCCCAGCGCCGUCAUAAUCGAAAUCGACGCGUCCGCCGGCAUCGAAACCAACACCCACGUCUCCAACGAUGACAACAACGAAGUUUCCGGUCCCGAUCUCCAAGAAACAGCCAUGGAAGAUAUUCCCGCGCGCGUUACCUACAUCGAUUACCUCAAAAGUCCCAUGAUCGCCUUACUCGUCGGCCAAGGCGACGAACAAGCCCUGCUCCACGCGCAUCAAGCCCUCCUCUGCAAAUCCCCCUGGUUCGCAGAAGCCUGCGGAAAAUUCAGCACCGACGUCAGCGAGCGACGCAUCGAUCUCGUGGACGAGGAUCUCGACGCCGUCGGCUGUUUUCUCGAGUACCUCUACACGAAUGAUUAUUUCCCGCGCAAGAUCCCCGGAUCGCGCGAUCUGGAAUCGGACCCGGCGAUGCCUGACGUCGAUGAGUCGGGAGAUCAGUUACUUAAACAUGCGCGCGUGUAUACGCUGGCGGAAAUGCUGCAGCUGCCGAGUUUGAAGAGUCUGGCGAGUAGCAAGAUUCAUUGUGUGAAUAGUACCGCGAAGGGAGAGAUUGCUUAUGCGAGAUAUGUGUAUGCGCAUACCCAGAAGGAUGAUCAGACGAUUAGGGCGCCGGUGGCGAAUUUCUGGGCGACGAGGAGUCAUACUUUGAGGAGUGAGGCGGAGACGGAGUUUAGAGAGAUGUGUUUGGAGUUUCCGCAGUUUGGUUAUGAUGUUUUGACCCGUGUCCUGGACGAAAAACUCAAGAGAGAAAAGAACGACAAGAUGCAUCCAUCGCACGGCACACCCGGCAGUUCUCGUAAGAGACCCCGUCAAAGUGGGAUUUAG